CUUUUCGCAUAAUAUUCAUCGGGUUGGCCCUGUACCCGCUAGCACUUGGCAGGCAACCUUCACAGCACUUGGAUAGACUGAAACCUUGAAGUUGGUGCCAGGUGCCUGCAUCCCCUCUCGGAUGAAUUUCCGAGUCUCUCUUACGUCGAGCCCACCAUAUACCACCGCUGGCGUUCGCGGUAGAGGUAGCAGUCUACGCACCACUAUCACAUCCUUCGUGCAUUCACUCAGAGCCACUCUUGGCUGGCCACACGGUAGAGAAGACACCGGAACGUAGAAUGUCAGACCCCAGGAAUUACUAGAAGGCGGUACUGUGUAGUAUCGAUGAUUACGAACAGCCUUGACAGGUUCAUGUCAUUGUCUAACGCUAUAUAGUGAUGAUUCCCGCCAAGUCAGUGUUAUCUAGGAUCCAAUUUCCCCACCUCGAGUCUGCCCCAUUUCCCUUUUUCAAGGUAUCACUCCCGAUUACACCUGCGUCUCUUCUUAACAUCUUUCGCUUGUCUUCCUCAUUUCUCGAGUAUGCACUUCGUUCACUUCUUUACCUGUAUUGCUUCUUGUCUCUCGGUUGCUCGUGCUUUCAGUGUGACUGUUGGGACUCCCACUCAAUGUGGUCCUCUCAACAUUUCAUGGACUGGUAAGCGCAUAUCUAGUACACUUGAUACGCUCCCGCUGAAUGUUAUCGGGGUCAUCAGGUGGGCAAGCACCGUUUGAAAUACUCUUAGCUCCCGUUCGUCGGCGCUAUCGUCUCAAGCGCGUCAAUUGUGCACUAACCUUUGUGCUUUCCAGUCUUUGCAAACGUAUCAGAAUUA